GUGCAAUCAACCAGCAUUGAGCCCGCGUUUAUUUAUGCCAACGAGACACAUGAUUUCGCUGCGCUCCAAGGUGAAACGGAACUUCCUGGGCAAAAGCAACGAGAUUUAAAAGAUGCAUCCGAGUGUUAUCAAACAUAUGAUGUGGUCAUGACAGCCCUUGUUCCUAAGUUUAGUCCUGCAAGAUUACUUGAUCCGACUCUUUUUCGACUCUUCUGCUACUGUCACACAACUUGGAGAGACUCCGCUGUCGCUGUCCGCCAAGAGUUAAUUAAGCUUUUUAGCUUGCUGGGCGGACGGAACUAG